GAAGAGCGCAGGCUGACUGGGCGGGGAAGGAGUACCGGAGCAAGCCGGGGGGGUGGAAACGAGUCGGCUGCAGCGCGCGGAGCUUGGCAACGGUUUGGAGCUUGAAAACCCGGGGCAAGAGAGGUGGACCGAUCUCCCCGCUCCCCUUCCUCGAGGAAGGGCCGUCGCCAUGGGCAAUGCGGGGAGCAUGGACUCUCAGCAGACGGACUUCAGGGCGCACAAUCUACCCCUCAAGCUCCCGAUGCCCGACCCGGGCGAGCUGGAAGAGAGAUUCGCCGUCGUGCUGAAUGCCAUGAACUUGCCUCCUGAUAAAGCAAGGCUACUCCGACAAUAUGACAAUGAGAAGAAAUGGGAGCUGAUCUGUGAUCAGGAAAGAUUUCAAGUCAAGAAUCCACCUCAUACAUAUAUACAGAAAUUAAAAGGUUAUCUUGAUCCAGCUGUAACUAGGAAGAAAUUUAGGAGAAGAGUUCAAGAAUCUACACAAGUUUUACGGGAACUAGAAAUUUCUUUAAGGACUAAUCAUAUUGGGUGGGUCAGGGAAUUUUUGAAUGAAGACAACAAAGGCCUAGAUGUUUUGGUGGAAUAUUUGUCUUUUGCACAGUAUGCAGUCACGUUUGACUUUGAAAGCUUGGAAAAUAAUAUGGAAAAUUCAGUGGAUAAAUCUAAACCAUGGAGUCGAUCGAUUGAAGAUCUCCAUCGAGGAAGCAACUUACCUUCUCCAAUUGGCAAUAGUAUUUCCUGUUCCAGCAGGCAUUCUACUCUAAGGUAUAACACCUUACCCAGCAGAAGAACUCUUAAAAAUUCAAGAUUAGUGAGUAAAAAGGAUGAUGUUCAUGUCUGCAUCAUGUGUUUACGUGCCAUCAUGAAUUAUCAGUAUGGCUUCAAUAUGGUUAUGUCGCACCCCCAUGCCGUUAACGAAAUUGCACUAAGUCUGAACAACAAGAAUCCCAGAACAAAGGCGUUGGUCUUAGAACUGCUGGCAGCUGUUUGUCUCGUACGAGGAGGGCACGAAAUCAUUUUGUCUGCCUUUGACAAUUUUAAAGAGGUUUGUGGGGAAAAACAGCGGUUUGAGAAGUUGAUGGAACAUUUUCGAAAUGAAGAUAAUAAUAUAGAUUUCAUGGUGGCGUGCAUGCAGUUCAUCAACAUAGUAGUACACUCGGUAGAAGAUAUGAAUUUCAGAGUUCAUCUCCAGUAUGAAUUUACAAAGCUAGGCCUUGAUGAAUAUCUGGAUAAGCUGAAACACACUGAAAGUGAUAAGCUACAAGUGCAAAUACAGGCUUACCUGGACAAUGUCUUUGAUGUGGGAGCUUUGCUUGAAGAUGCUGAGACCAAGAAUGCUGCCUUAGAAAGAGUUGAAGAAUUGGAAGAAAAUAUAUCUCAUUUAUCAGAAAAACUUCAAGACACAGAAAAUGAAGCUAUGGCGAAAAUUGUGGAACUGGAAAAACAACUUAUGCAAAGAAACAAAGAACUGGAUGUUGUACGAGAAAUAUACAAAGAUGCAAAUACACAAGUCCACACGCUAAGAAAAAUGGUCAAAGAAAAGGAGGAAGCCAUUCAGCGGCAGUCAACACUAGAGAAGAAGAUCCAUGAACUGGAAAAGCAAGGGUCCAUUAAAAUUCAGAAGAAAGGAGAUGGUGACAUCAACAUCCUUCCUGUCGGGGUGUCACCAGCAGGAUCAGAAGGUUCAGUUGGCAUUUCUGGAGGGUCUACUGCCAACGCAGGGUCUCCAGGGCCACUUCCACUUCUGGCACAGAUAGCAGCAGAAUCAGAAACAGUGCAAAAUGGUCCCAUGGCAGCACCAAUGCCUCCGCCGCCACCACCACCACCUCCUCCUCCUCCUCCCCCACCACCUCCUCUUCCUGGUCCAGCUGCAGAACCAGUACCAGCUCCUCCUAUCCCACCUCCACCAUUAGCGCCCCCACUUCCAGGAAUGGCCUCUCCUACCGUUGUGUUCAACUCAGGAUUAGCAGCUGUGAAAAUCAAGAAGCCAAUUAAGACCAAGUUCCGCAUGCCAGUAUUUAACUGGGUAGCUCUGAAACCCAACCAGAUUAAUGGGACUGUCUUCAAUGAAAUUGAUGAUGAAAGGAUCUUGGAGGAUUUAAACGUGGAUGAAUUUGAAGAAAUAUUCAAGACAAAAGCCCAAGGGCCAGCCAUCGACCUUUCUUCAAGCAAGCAAAUAACUCAGAAAGGAUCAAACAAAGUCACGCUUCUGGAGGCAAAUAGGGCUAAAAAUCUUGCUAUCACCCUAAGAAAAGCUGGAAAGACUGCCGAUGAAAUAUGUAAAGCUAUUCAAGCAUUUGAUUUGAAGACGCUGCCAGUAGAUUUUGUUGAGUGUCUGAUGAGAUUCCUGCCAACGGAAAACGAAGUGAAAGUGUUGCGGCUUUACGAGCGGGAAAGGAAGCCCUUUGAGAAUCUAUCAGAUGAGGAUCGGUUUAUGAUGCAGUUCAGCAAAAUAGAAAGGCUGAUGCAGAAAAUGACCAUCAUGGCAUUCGUUGGCAACUUUACUGAAAGCAUACAGAUGCUCACACCGCAAUUACAUGCGAUCAUUGCAGCAUCUGUCUCCAUAAAGUCUUCUCAGAAACUCAAAAAAAUCCUAGAGAUAAUCUUGGCUCUGGGCAAUUAUAUGAAUAGCAGUAAACGAGGAGCUGUCUAUGGGUUUAAACUUCAAAGUUUAGAUCUGUUGUUAGAUACAAAAUCAACAGACAGAAAACAAACUCUAUUGCACUAUAUAUCCAAUGUUGUAAAGGAGAAAUACCAGCAGGUUUGCCUUUUUUACAAUGAACUUCACUAUGUAGAGAAAGCUGCUGCAGUAUCCCUUGAAAAUGUCCUACUAGAUGUAAAGGAACUCCAAAGAGGUCUGGACUUAACAAAGCGAGAGUAUACUAUGCACGAUCACAAUACAAUGCUGAAGGAAUUCAUCCAGAACAACGAAGGGAAACUGAAGAAGUUGCAGGAUGAUGCAAAAAUAGCCCAGGAUGCCUUUGAUGAUGCUGUGAAAUAUUUUGGAGAAAAUCCCAAGACAACUCCUCCAUCAGUCUUCUUCCCAGUCUUUGUACGAUUUGUGAAGGCUUACAAGCAAGCAGAAGAGGAGAAUGAACUGAGAAAAAAGCAAGAACAGGCAUUAAUGGAAAAACUGCUGGAGCAGGAAGCAUUGCUGGAACAACAAGACCAAAAGUCUCCAUCUCAUAAAACUAAGCGACAGCAGCAAGAGCUAAUUGCAGAGCUAAGACGACGACAGAUCAAGGACAACAGGCAUGUUUAUGAAGGAAAAGAUGGCGCUAUUGAAGAUAUCAUCACAGCCUUAAAGAAGAAUAAUAUCACUAAAUUUCCAAAUGUUCACUCGAGGGUAAGGAUUUCUUCUAGCGCAUCGGUGGUGGAGGAUACACAGAGCUGGCAAGCAUCACUUUUUAUUUAG